CGGCAAUUGCCUAAUGCGAUUUUGUCCCAAAAGUGGACAGCGGUGCAAGAACAAGUUGGCAGGACCGCUCUUUAGGACCCCGCUAGUUUUUGUUUUGUUUAUUUUUUUUUUCGUUUUAACAACAUUUAUUUCAUGUUUUUUUAUAAAUUUAUAUGUUUUUAAUCAACAUUUUAAGACUCCAGUACCAUGGCGUUUUCGCAGUCGUUCGAUUUUGGCGACAGCACGUUCAUGGAGCUGGAGAAGGGCAUGCAGGCGGCAGCCGGCAAGGAGAAUUUUCGUCCAGACAAUUCCAAUGCUAGGUUGAGUGCAGCCAAGACAUCCAAGGUUUCCUCCAAGCAGGAGAGCGAAAACUACUCGGACUUUUUCCGGGACGAGUUCUCCUACGAGGUGGAACAAGCCAAAAAGGCAGCGGAGCCUUCGGUGGUCAAUGUGUCCCAGAUCGAGGCAGCCCUUCUGGAGGAAGUCUCCCAUCGCGACUCUGGGGACUUGGACAAGCAAGUCUGCUCUGAGGAUGUGUUCGAGGCGGAGGACAGCCCCAAGGAAGAUGACCGGGAUCUGGCCAAUAUGGAUGAGAGCAGCUUCCUGUGUCCAGUGCAGGAUGUGCGGGCAUCCCAGCAGCUGAAGGAGGACCUAUUACGCAGUCGUUGCAUCCUGGCCAAGCAGGGCGACCACCAUGAGAUCUCCCGCAUCACCCAGAACCUCAGCAGCAUGUCGCCCAACCAGCUAAGAGUAUCGCCCAAUUCCUCCAGCAUCCGCGAAGCUCAACCAAACUCUUCCAGCAUCCGCGAAGCUCAUACGAAUUCCUCCAGCAUCCGUGAAGCUCCGCCCGAAAGAAGCAACCCCCCUGCAGAUUUGGAGUCCCUGAAAUCCAUCGCUUCCUGGAACCUGCCGCACAGCAUCCAGAAUGAAUACAAAAAGAAGGGCGUCCUGCGUAUGUUUGACUGGCAGGUGGAGUGCCUCAGCAAGCCCCGCGUGCUCUUCGAACACUGCAACCUGGUCUAUUCCGCACCCACAUCGGCGGGCAAGACACUCGUCAGCGAGAUCCUCCUCCUAAAAACCGUUCUAGAGCGAGGCAAGAAGGUGCUGCUCAUCCUACCCUUUAUAUCCGUGGUGCGCGAGAAGAUGUUCUACCUGCAGGACCUGCUCACAACGGCUGGCUAUCGCGUGGAGGGCUUCUUCGGAGGCUAUACGCCACCCGGCGGCUUUGAGAGCAUCAACGUGGCCAUUUGCACCAUCGAAAAAGCAAAUUCCAUUAUUAACAAGCUCCUGGAGCAGGGCAAACUGGACACUAUUGGCAUGGUGGUGGUGGACGAAGUGCAUCUAAUCUCGGACAAGGGACGCGGCUAUAUUCUUGAGCUGCUGCUGGCCAAGAUCCUGUACAUGUCACGCCGUAAUGCCCUGCAGAUUCAAGUGAUCACCAUGUCCGCCACUCUGGCCAAUGUGGAGCUGCUUCAGCGCUGGCUCGAUGCCGAGUUGUACAUCACGGACUAUCGUCCCGUGGCCCUGCAGGAGAUGAUCAAGGUGGGCACUAGGAUCUUCGAUAAUCAGCUCAAGUUUCUGCGCGAUGUCUCCCAGCAGGCGGAGCUGAGAAAGGCUUUGGGCAACGACUCGGACCAUGUGGCCCAGCUGUGCAUCGAGACGCUGCUGGAGGGCUGCUCCGUCAUUGUGUUUUGUCCCUCCAAGGAUUGGUGCGAGAACCUGGCCGUCCAACUGGCCACUGCCAUGCAUGGCCUCAUCAAGUCCGGCUCGGAUCUGGGCAAAAGUUUGAGGGCUAACCUCAAUCCGGAGGCCAUCGAGGAGGUGAAGAAGCAGCUCAGGGAUAUUCCAACAGGUAUUGACGCCGUCAUGUCCAAGGCUGUUACCUAUGCCUGCGCCUUUCACCACGCUGGCUUGACCACCGAAGAGCGAGACAUUGUGGAGGCCUCCUUCAAGACGGGAGCUCUGAAGGUACUGGUGGCCACCAGUACCCUAAGCUCGGGCGUCAACCUGCCUGCUCGCCGGGUGCUUAUCCGCUCGCCCUUGUUCGGUGGCAAGCAGAUGAGCUCCCUCACCUACCGCCAGAUGAUAGGACGAGCUGGUCGCACUGGAAAGGAUACGCUGGGGGAGUCCAUACUCAUCUGCACGGAAAGCAAUGCCCGGAUAGGCCGGGAGCUGGUCACGGCCCAGCUGCAGCCCAUAACAUCCUGCCUCGAGAUGGAUGGAAGUACUCACUUGAAACGCGCUCUCCUGGAGGUCAUAUCCUCGGGGGUGGCCAGCAGCAGACAGGACAUAGAUUCCUUUGUCAAUUGCACUUUGCUGAGUGCCCAGAAAGCCUUAGGAGCUGCAUCUGCCAAAGAAGAGGACUCUGAAGGGAACUACAUCAGUGAUGCCCUGGACUUCCUCGUGGAGUACGAAUUCAUUCGUCUCCAAACAGAUGAGGAGGCGGACACUUCCUCUUAUGUGGCCACUCGCCUGGGAGCCGCUUGCUUGGCCUCCUCCAUGCCACCCACCGAUGGCCUCAUACUCUUUGCCGAGUUGCAGAAAUCCCGCCGCUGCUUUGUCCUAGAGUCCGAACUUCAUGCUGUCUACCUGGUGACGCCCUACUCGGUGUGCUAUCAGCUGCAGGAUCUCGACUGGCUGCUGUACCUGGACAUGUGGGAGAAACUGAACCCGGCCAUGAAAAAGGUGGGAGAACUGGUAGGGGUCAAGGAGGCCUUUCUAGUCAAGGCUAUGAGGGGGCAAACGAAGCUGGACUACAAGCAAAUGCAGGUGCACAAGCGUUUCUACACAGCUCUGGCCCUGCAGGAGCUGGUCAACGAGACUCCCAUCAAUGUGGUGGUUCACAAGUUUAAGUGCCACCGCGGCAUGCUGCAGAGUCUCCAGCAGAUGUCCUCCACCUUUGCGGGCAUUGUGACCGCCUUUUGCCACUCCCUGCAGUGGUCUACCCUUGCCUUGAUAGUCUCCCAGUUCAAGGAUCGUCUGUUCUUUGGCAUUCACCGGGAUCUGAUUGAUCUGAUGAGGCUGCCCGACUUGUCGCAGAAGCGGGCGCGUGCCCUCUUUGAUGCGGGUUUCACCAGCUUGGUGGAGCUGGCGGGUGCGGAUGCCUUGGAGCUGGAAAAGGUGCUCUUUAACUCUCUCAGCUUUGAUUCGGCCAAGCAGCAUGACCAUGAGAACGCCCAGGAGGCAGCCCUGCGCAACAAGGUAAGAAACUUUUUCAUUACCGGCAAAGCAGGCAUGACAGUGGCGGAAGCUGCCAAGCUGCUCAUCAACGAAGCUCGCCAGUUUGUACAGUAUGAGAUUGGAGUGGGCAGCAUCAAGUGGAGUCAGGAGCAGCCAGAGGUUGGGGAGGGUUCAAAGUCCCUGGACAGCGGAAUGGAGGUGGAAAUGCACAUGUCUUUAGAGGAGCAGCACCCUCAGGUAGAGGUUCCUUCAACAAAGCGAAGGCUGAGAAGCCUAGAAAGGAAUAAUAAGGCUGAAGAGGCUUCGCAACCCAAAAUAGCUAAGCUGGAUUUACGAGUGGAAGAAAAAAAGAAGAGCAGUGAGAGAAUACAGCGACGUUCUCAAGGUUUGAAUCGAAGUCUUAACAAGGAUAAGCAGCAAAAGUUAGCCGAGAACAAGCCGAAAUCAUGCCCUUUUACUGGAAAUAUCCAAGAAUCUGAAAGGCCAACAAAGACGCCCUUAAAAGAUGAAAAUGGGAGUUUGGGGAAAAAGGAUUCAAGCUCAGAAAAUACUCCAAAAAUUAAAGAAAAACCUACAGUUUCCUCCCCUAAUAAUACACCAAAGAAAACCCCAUCAACAGAGUUUCCCAAAGAAAACAUUUCAAGAUCAGUUCAAAAACCAAGUUCAGAGAUUAAUAAAGAAACCAAAGCCAUGACUAGCAUCUCUAGGUCACCCACAGUAGAGGAGGAACAGCCCACCACUAGUGUCCAAGCCCGCAAGGAGCUUCUGAAAAAGGAGAUAGCUGAACGCCGCAGGAUUGCCCUGAUGAAAAUCAAUCAGAAGCGGGCAGAGCGGGCUGCCACGCCUCCCAUCGAGCAAGGUCCAAGCUUAGUAAAGGAGGCAACCACUACUCCAAAGCCAAAUAAAGAUCACACAGAAAAAGAAGUACCUAGGAGCAACAAGGAGAACUUGGCAGCCAAGCCCUUCAAGGAACCCUUCACCAAAGAGCCCUCAGUGACCCCCACACGCAGGCAGAGUGUAACUCCAGCUACUACCCUACCCCGCCGGAGUCCGCGAAAUCAUACGCCCACCCAGACUCAGACCCAAAGCCGCACUGCCUCAAGAAAGCCUUCCACGGCUGAGGAGGAUCUGUUUAUGGCCGACGAUUCCUUUAUGCUGAGCUCGGGAGUUACGGCUGCCCUCACAGCUGCCGAUAGCAAGAUGCCAGCACAUGCUUCUUCAGAGACAGAUGAGAUACCCAGCUCUCAGCCCAAAGAGCCGGAGUUGGUGGCCACUGCCCUGACGCCACAUGCCUCCAGGCUGAUGCGCUCAUUCCAGCUGCGUUCGCAAAGGAUGCAGAGUCCCAGGACGCAAGCCAAGGAACCGGAGGUGUUGCCCACAGAAACCACAAACUCCUCGAAUGCAGCCUCCUCCAUGGAGCUCUCGGACAUGUCGCUGGAGAACUCACUGAUCAAGAAUCCCCUGCAGCUGAAUGCCUCCCACAUCCUCAGUUGCUCCAAGGCGGAUGACAAUGCCUCUAGUUUUAGUAGCAUCGACAUUAUUGACAUCUGUGGCAACCGACAAUUGUUCCAAAUGGCACUCAUGGAGCUCUUGGAGGCCACGCGUUGCGGCUUCAGUGUGGCUCUGCAGGCACAGGCAGGCAGACAGAAGCCACUGAUUGGAGCCAAUCUGCUGAUUAACCAGGUGGCGGCAGCUGAGCAGCGAGAGGCUGCUGCUGGACAGCAGGUGCUGUUCCAGGUGGACGACAGCUGCUUCAUAGCUGGUUUGUCUUUCUGUCUGGCAGACAAUGUGGUUUACUAUUUGAAUAUGCAGGAGGAGGAGCAGAAGCAGGGACAGGGAGUGGUGCCCACAAGUCUGAAGGAGCAGGAGUUGUGCAAACUGUUGGCACGCCCGGAGUUAACCCUCAUCAUGCACGACGGCAAAGAGCAGCUGAAGAAGCUCUUAAAAGCCAUGCCUAAGCUGGGCAAGAUUGUUGUGAAGCUGGAGGAUCCCAAGGUGGGCAACUGGCUGCUGCAGCCGGACAAGACGCUCAGCUUUCAGAAUAUGUGCCAGCAAUUUGCUCCGGAGUGCUCUUCUCUGGCUGAUCUCUGCGGCAGUGGUCGUGGUUACACCAGCUAUGGUCUCGACAGCUCUAGUGCCAUAUUGCCCAAGAUUAGAGCCUCCAUCGAGGCCUGUGUUACGGUGCACAUACUCAAAGGACAGCUGGAGAAUCUGGAGAGGAUUGGCGAUGGACAGCUGCUCAAGUUUUUCCGGGAGAUAGAAAUGCCCAUUCAGCUGUCCCUCUGCCACAUGGAGGUGGUGGGCUUUCCGGCCAAGGAGCAGCGACUUCAGCGUCUCUUCCAGCACAUGGUGGCCGUGAUGAAGAAGCUAGAGACCAAGAUCUACGAGCAGCAUGGCUCGCGGUUUAAUCUCGGCUCCACGCAGGCCGUGGCCAAGGUACUAGGACUCCAUCGCAAGCCAUCGGGAAGGGUGAGUACCUCCCGGCAGGUUCUAGAGAAGAUAGACUCGCCCAUUUCCCUGCUCAUACUGGCACACCGUAAGCUGAGCACGCUGCUGGCCAAGAGCAUGCAGCCUUUGCUCAAGUGCUGCGAGUCCAACAGAAUCCAUGGUCAAAGCAUCACCUACACGGCCACGGGUCGCAUCUCCAUGACGGAGCCAAAUCUGCAGAAUGUGGCCAAGGACUUUGUGAUAAAACUAGGAGCGGAUGGCAUAAACAUAUCCUGCCGUUCGGCCUUUGCUCCUUUAGAUGAAAAGAUGUGUCUACUCUCAGCAGACUUUUGUCAGCUGGAGAUGCGCAUCCUGGCCCACUUGUCGCAGGACAAGGCUCUGGUAGAGGUGAUGAACUCGCCGCAGGAUCUGUUUACAGCCAUUGCGGCUCACUGGAAUCGCUUGGAGGAGUCCGAGGUGUCGGAGCACAUGAGGAAUGGCACCAAGCAGAUCUGCUAUGGCAUUGUCUACGGCAUGGGCAUGCGCAGCCUGGCCGAGUCGCUGAAGUGCACGGAGCAGGAGGCGCAAUUGGUGUCGGAGCAAUUCCAUCAAGCCUAUCCGGGCAUUAGAACCUACACCCAGAAGGUGGUAAAGUUCGCCCGCAAUAAUGGCUAUGUGGAGACCAUCACGGGACGCAGACGCUACUUGGAUCACAUUAACAGUGGCGAAGCUCAACUAAAGAUCCGAGCGCCAGGCCAUCAACUCCACCAUCCAGGGCUCCGCCGCGGAUAUUGCCAAAAGCGCCAUUCUCAAAAUGGAGAAGAACAUCUCUCGCUAUCGGGAGAAGCUGGGUGUAGCCGAGAAUGCAGUCAACCUUGUGCUCCACCAGCACGACGAACUGAUCUUCGAGGUGCCCGCCGACAAGGCCAAAAAGAUAGCCAAGGUGCUAAGCCUAACCAUGGAGAACUGCGUGAAGCUUAGCGUGCCGCUCAAGGUGAAGCUGAAAAUGGGACGCAGUUGGGGGGAAAUCCAGGAGAUAAGGGUGUAGUUUAAAACAUUUCUUUUUUAGGGUAAUAAAUU